AGGGCCGCGCUGAGGGAGCGGCGGCGGCGGCGGCGAUGUCCCGCAAGCAGGCGGCGCGGGCGCGGCCCGGGAAGGCGGAGGCGGAGCGGAAGCGGGACGAGCGGGCGGCGCGGAGGGCGCUGGCCCGCGAGCGGCGGAGCCGGGCCCGGGCCGAGGGGGAAGACGACGAGGACGACGGCGGCUGCGGCCUGGCCGAGCAGCUGCGAGGACUCGGACUGCGCCUGCGCGAGGUGCCGGGCGACGGGAACUGCUUGUUCCGGGCUCUCGGGGACCAGCUGGAGGGGCACUCGCGGAACCACCUCAAGCACCGACAGGAAACCGUCGCUUACAUGAUCAAGCGGCGGGGAGACUUUGAGCCUUUCGUGGAGGACGACGUCCCUUUCGAGAAGCACAUUGCCAAUUUGGCCCAGCCUGGGACUUUCGUUGGCAACGAUGCCAUCGUGGCUUUUGCGAGGAACAACCAAGUGAAUAUCGUCAUUCACCAGCUCAAUGCCCCCCUCUGGCAGAUCCACGGAACGGACAGGAGCCACGCCCGGGAACUGCACAUCGCGUACUGCCACGGAGAGCACUACGACAGCGUCCGGAAGAUCAACGAUAACUCGGCGGCCCCCACUUGGCUGCAGACGGAGAUGUUAUGCCAAAAUGAACCGAAGAACAAAGAGGCCCUCCAGGUGAAGGCGGAGAGGCAUCAGCCCAAAGAAGAGACGCACGAUCAAGUUGAGGACGCCGUCCAGAAAGUCCGCAACGCCACCGGAUGCCUGGACACUGAUUCAAUUGUCCAGGUCCUCAAAUCAGAGAGUUACAACAUUGAGUCAACCAUCUUUGCCGUUUUUCAGAUGAAGGAGUUGGAAAGGCUCCAUGCAGAGGAAGCCUGGGCCAACAGGCCGAAGCCGCAGCCCAGGCCGGCCCUCUGGGACGAGUGCGGGACUGGAGCCGGGGUUUUCGGUCACCAGGAAAUAGAAAACAAUAAUAAACCCAAGGGGAGUCCCGUGGAAAGAAACCGCUCAGGCAAAAAGCCAGCUCCAAAGGCCUCCAGCAAGCAGAAGAAGGACCGGCAGCGGCUGGAGAAGAAGCAGCGCCAGGAGGACCGGCACCGGCAGAGAGUCCUGGCUGGCAAGGGCGGCCCCUCAGACAAUAACAAAAUCGCGGUGGACUCCGAGGCGCAGGUCACCCUGGUGAAGACCUUCGCGGCCCUCAGUAUCUGACCUGGCAAUCCCGGAUGACGACGGCCUCCUUGAGAACGUGGAAAGCGGGGGCCCAAAGAC